UGCAAAACAAAUACUUUUGGUCCAUUAUGCCUAUGAAAACGGUUAAAGUUCUAUGGGCAGGCAGAUUAAAUUAUAAAUCAGGACUCAAAUUACAAACAAUAUUAUCCAAUCAGCAUCAUCAACAAUUAAAGAAAGAUAAUUGUAAUACAUUAAUAUUAGUUGAACAUAAUCCAGUAUUUACAGUUGGAAUUAGAGAUAAAGAGUAUACAGCAGAAGAUGAACAAAGAUUAACAAAUUUAGGUGCAGAAUUUUAUAGAACAAAUCGAGGUGGUCUUAUAACUUUUCAUGGACCUGGUCAACUGGUGGCCUAUCCUAUAUUAAAUUUAAAACAAUUUAAAAAUAGCAUUAAAUGGUACGUUUGCCAGAUAGAAAAUAUGAUUAUACGUUUGUGUGCAGAAUUCGGUAUUAAAGGUGAAACAUCUCCAAAUACGGGUGUAUGGGUAAAUGAUAAAAAAAUUUGUGCAAUUGGAAUUCAUGGAUCUCGUUAUAUAACAACACAUGGUUUAGCUCUAAAUUGUAAUACAGAUUUAAGUUGGUUUAAUCAUAUUGUGCCUUGUGGAAUCAAAGGAAAGGGUGUAACAAGCAUUAGCCAAGAACUUAAUACAAAUGUCACUAUUCAAGAUGUAUUACCAUUAUUUCAGAAUACUUUCAAAGAUCAGUUUAAAUGUUCAUUAAUUGAAUACCCAGUAGAAGAGUCUUCACAGCUACUUAAGUUUGUCAACAGUAGAGAUACUGAUGCAUAA